AUGGCUUCUUUUUUCCCUCGUGCAGCUUCCCGAGCUCUUCGCUCUUCAGCGCGCCCUGCACUAAGGGUACAGCGCCCUGCUGCCCCGCUAUUCCGUCGUGGAUUCGCGCUCCCAGCUGAGCAACCACGACUGAGACUGGGAUCCAUUGCACCCAACUUUCAGGCGAAGACUACUCAUGGCGACAUGGACUUCCAUAAAUUCUUGGACAACAAGUGGACCAUCCUAUUCUCGCACCCUGCCGACUUCACUCCCGUUUGCACAACUGAGCUUGGAGCUUUCGCAAAGCUCAAGGAUGAAUUUGAUGCGCGAGGCGUCCAGAUGAUUGGUUUGAGCGCCAAUGACCUAAGCUCGCACGACCAGUGGAUCGACGACAUCAAUGAGACGUCCAACACCACGGUACAAUUCCCAAUCAUCGCUGACGCAGAUCGCCACGUCGCUUUUCUCUACGAUAUGAUCUCGCAAGACGACCUCGACGCGCUUCAGAAGAACGGUGGCAUCGCCUUUACAAUCCGUUCGGUCUUCAUUAUCGAUCCGGCAAAGAAGAUUCGCCUCACAAUGUCGUACCCCGCGAGCACGGGCAGGAACACUGCAGAGGUCCUUAGGGUCAUCGACAGCUUGCAGACAGGAGAUAAGAAGGGUAUUGCGACACCUAUCGAUUGGCAGAAGGGCCAGGACGUCAUCGUACCGCCCAGUGUCUCCACUGAGGAUGCGAGGAAGAAGUUUGGCGAUGUCAGGGAGGUCAAGAAGUACUUGCGCUUCACUAACGUCGGACAAUGA